CAACAAUGGAGACCCUGCAGUAGACUAGUGGAAGCAGGAAGGCAGGUAAAACAUUGACUUAUUACAGCUAGUCCAGAAGCCCUUAAAAUAGUCAAACAAACAAAGAUUUGCUACUUUCCGAUAUAGGCUACAAGCAACUGAGGACUUUCCUUUUCUUUUUAACCCUAAAGGAAGACAUUUCGCUCACAGCAGGAGGCCACAAUGAAGUUUGAGAAUGUUCUUGCUGAUAUUAACGGAUUUGGAAGAUUUCAGAUAAUGAUCAUUGUGAUCAGUUUCAUCGGUCGCUUCACUCUGCCUUGCCACUUCAUGCUCAACAAUUUCAUUGCAGCUGUUCCCUCUCAUCACUGUGACAUCAGCUCUCUGGAUGAUGAAGGUAUUUUUAUGAAUUUAUCCCGGACAGAGAGGCUUCUUGUUACUAUUCCAGUUCAGCAGGAUGGGACUCCAAGCUCCUGUCAGAUGUUCCAGGAGCCUCAGUAUCAUCUGCUGGUUAACACUUCCCACAUCACUGAUGCGCAUACAGUGCCGUGCCAGAACGGAUGGGUGUACGACAACACUACUUUCAAGUCUACUCUGACCUCAGAGUGGGACUUGGUGUGUGAUAGAAGAGGGAAAAACAAAGCAACUGCUACCAUCUUCUUUGUUGGAGUCAUGUUUGGAGCGAUGGCCUUUGGCAGUCUGAGUGACAGGUAUGGCAGAAGGAUCAUGCUGCUGGUAUCAUACGUGUCUGGGAUGGUGUUUGCUGUUGCAAGUGCCUUUUCUACUUCCUACGUGAUGUUCACGGUGCUGAGGUUCCUCACUGGCUUCUGCAUCACAGGCAUCGUCAUCGUUUCAGCAGUCCUCAGUGUGGAGUGGGUGGACAUUGAACACAGGAAGAUUGUGGGAGUGAUCGACAGCUUAUCCUGGACGUUUGGAAAUAUAGUGUUUUCACUUAUUGCCUAUUUUGUGAAUGAUUGGAGGAGGCUGAUAAUCAGUGUUACAUUACCUUUAAUCUUGGCCAUCUUUACUUGGAGGUGGAUGCCAGAGUCGGCUAGGUGGCUGAUUGCCAAUGGAAAGCUGGAGCAAGCUCAGAUGUAUUUGAAAAAAUGUGCCAACAUGAAUCGGAGAGAAGAGUCGAUCCACACACUUAAAACAGAGACACUAUCCACCAUUGUUACGACGGAGAAACGAGAUCGAACCUACUCUUACCUCGACCUGAUUCGGACACCUGAGAUGAGGAAACUGGCCAUGCGUACUGGUAUAUUAUGGUUUUGCAUUGCAACUACAUUUUACGGCAUCAGCUUCAAGAUCACCGGUUUCGGGCUCAACAUCUAUCUCACUCAGUUUACCUAUGCAUUAAUUGAACUUCCUGCCAAACUGGCAGUCCUCUACUUGCUGGAAAAGAUAGGCAGGCGACGCACUGUGGUGGGAACUUUGCUGCUGGCUGCCAUUUGUCUUGGAAUCAAUAUUGUGAUACCAAAAGAAAUGUCAGUCGCCACGACUGUGGUAGCCAUCAUUGGAAAAGGGUUUUCUUCAGCAUCCUUUGCCACUCUAGUGCUAUACAGCUCUGAGCUGUACCCAACUGUAGUAAGGCAGAACGGUAUGGGUUACAACUCGUUCAUGGCUCGGUUUGGCGUAGCUGUGGCUCCUAUGAUCCUCUUACUGGAUGACGUCUGGACGGAGCUGCCACAGGUCGUUUUGUGCUUUGUGGCUGUACUCGGGGGAAUAGUGGCAAGGACACUUUCAGAGACCCGCAACAGGUGCCUGCCAGAGACCAUAGAGGACAUUGAACAGAAGCAGUAGUAAAGAAUCGCUGACGUGAACUCGUUUGGCCCAUCAGAUAUUCUACAGCCAAAGUGCAGUCUAUUCUGUGAACUCAAGUGCAGUUUACUCUAGAAACUGCAUAACUUUAAAGGAUUUCAAAUAACCAAAUCAAUUAAUUACACUACCACUAGCACUGCUACUAUGACUGCAUAAAGCAGCAGUUUCCUUAAAAUGCGCACAACUUUUACAUUUUUCUGUUUUAGUCCUACUAAUGUCCACUUUGAGAACCAUUUCCAGGUGAGAAAUUAUUGUUACAGUGUUAUAUUUCCAAUAAACUGAGUUUCAUUAAAUCUGUUACAUUUUACCUUCCUUUUGUUCUUAAAAAAUAUAUUGUGGCUGAGUCGAAGUCCAGCAAACCGUUUAGAAAUUCAGGGAAAAUCCAAUAAAGUCAUGUUAUGCAUAAACACAUAAUGCUGCACUGAAGUAGAUCAUUCUUUUUUAAACAGCAGGUGUUCAAGUACUGAUUCACUUUACCCAAGACUCAUUUCCAUAUUUAGUAAACCAAAAGCAUCUAGACAAAAGCACAAAAACCACGGAUCAAACUGUCUUUCGGAUAACAGACUUUACUAAUUAAUUUAUACAGAGAAAUGAAGUCAAAGCUCAUUGUUUUAAAGAAACAAAGCAAGCACAAAUGUUUAUGACUCAGCAGUUUCCUAAACAAAAUUCAACCACAUCUAAAUAACACGUUUGUUAUUCCGUUUGAGUAGUUACGACCGGGUCUAACCACUGUUGUUGACAUUUUA